AUGCAAGACAUACUACGACCAAAGGAGCAUCGGACAUGGAGCAGUGGAUCAUGCGAGCAGAAUCUGGUUUCCGCUGAGUAUUGGGCCGCGACAACAAAAAGUGCUUCAUUAAAUAUUAUUAGCACACCUGAGCAGACCGGGGAAGAUGUUGCAAAGACAACCAAGAUCUACGGAGAAGUAGCCCAAAAUGUUCCGCGCGUUGUAGCGCUGUACUAUGUAUGGACGCCAUCUGCUGCGCCUGGUUUGAAAUUGUGCGAAAAAAAGGGUGUGAGAUGUGAGCACCCUGAAGGGACCACCUUUUGCCCUUUCAAGGUUAGCCGGGACCCUCGAGAGGCCAGGGGGACAAGGGAAGUUCUCUUGCUUCCUCUCUUUGAGCGAUGGUCCAAAAAACUGAGUUAUCAUCUGAGUGGUCUUGCUACGCCACAGGCCUGUCUGAUACAAAACUUGCACCACGGGGAGGCCAUUGAUCUGGCCCUCUGUCCAACCCUCUGCUCACUCCCGAUGUUGUGGGACACCCUUGACAGGGAGACCAUCAGAGGUGAAGCUAUGAAUAACCUCUCCCUUGCAUACGUGGGCUUAUUUUCUCCUCUGGGAUUAGCUGCGACGAGGAGACAGAGUUAG